UGACAUGGCUGUGGCAAAUCCUCCGUCGAAGAAGAAAAAAACGAAAAUUAGCGAUAGCACCCGAGAAGACCAAACGCGCCCUGUUGUGUUUGUUUUUAACCGCCGGGAAAGACGUCAUCGAAAUAUCGUUCAUCAAACAGUUUGUGAGGGAGCGGCUCAUGGCGGCGGCUGAUGAAAUAUUCGAGAUGUUUGAGACAACGAUCACGUCGUACGAGGAAGAACUUGCUCGAACGAGAGAGGAGAACACGCUGCAACGACAACAACUGGACGCUGUUAGCGAGACUCCAAACGUGAUCCGCGAUAAAGAUGUCCAAGAGGGGAGCUCCACUUUUAAGCCGCAGGAUCCACAGCCCCCCCACAUUAAAGAGGAAUAUGAGGAACUCUGGAUCACUCGGGAGGAAGAGUGUAUUUUCAGGCUGGUGGAGACUGAUCUCACCCUGACUGUAGUCUCUGUGAAGACUGAAGACCAUGAUGACAAACCACCUGAGUUUUCACAUCACUUGUGUCCAGCAGACGUCCAGCAGCUGAUUCCACCUCAUCCACAUGGAGAGAACUCCACUUCAGAAAUUAGGGAUCCACAACACCUUAACGUUAAAGAGGAAGAAGGGGAAGUCUGGGCCACUCAGGAAAAAGACUGCUUUCUAGGGUCGGAGGAGGCUGAUCUCACCAAGUUACCACUGACUGUAGUCUCUGUGAAGACUGAAGACCAUUAUGACAAAUCACCUGAGUUUUCACAUCACUUGUGUCCAGCAGACGUCCAGCAGCUGAUUCCACCUCAUCCACAUGGGGAGAACUCCACUUCGGAAAUUAGGGAUCCACAACACCUUAACGUUAAAGAGGAAGAAGGGGAAGUCUGGGCCACUCAGGAAAAAGACUGCUUUCUAGGGUCGGAGGAGGCUGAUCUCACCAAGUUACCACUGACUGUAGUCUCUGUGAAGACUGAAGACCAUGAUGACAAACCACCUGAGUUUUCACAUCACUUGUGUCCAGCAGACGUCCAGCAGCUGAUUCCCCCUCAUCCACAUGGAGAGAACUCCACUUCGGAAAUUAGGGAUCCACAACACCUUAACGUUAAAGAGGAAGAAGGGGAAGUCUGGGCCACUCAGGAAAAAGACUGCUUUCUAGGGUCGGAGGAGGCUGAUCUCACCAAGUUACCACUGACUGUAGUCUCUGUGAAGACUGAAGACCAUUAUGACAAACCACCUGAGUUUUCACAUCACUUGUGUCCAGCAGACGUCCAGCAGCUGAUUCCACCUCAUCCACAUGGAGAGAACUCCACUUCGGAAAUGAAGGAUCCACAACACCUUAACGUUAAAGAGGAAGAAGGGGAAGUCUGGGCCACUCAGGAAAAAGACUGCUUUCUAGGGUCGGAGGAGGCUGAUCUCACCAAGUUACCACUGACUGUAGUCUCUGUGAAGACUGAAGACCAUGAUGACAAACCACCUGAGUUUUCACAUCACUUGUGUCCAGCAGACGUCCAGCAGCUGAUUCCACCUCAUCCACAUGGAGAGAACUCCACUUCGGAAAUGAAGGAUCCACAACACCUUAACGUUAAAGAGGAAGAAGGGGAAGUCUGGGCCACUCAGGAAAAAGACUGCUUUCUAGGGUCGGAGGAGGCUGAUCUCACCACUGUUGUCUCUGUUAAGACUGAAGAUGACAAAGGCAAACUACAAGGAGACAAUUUCUUAGCCCCACUAUCAGAACAAGAGGAGGAGGACAGAGACGACAGCCAAGAAGCUUUCAGCAGCGAUACGGUCUGUGAAGAUUUGACGAGGACUCACACUGACAACAAACACUCUGAAAAGAAGACUGAUGAAGAACAUUCCACCUGCUCACUUUGCGAUCAAAGCUUUUCUAAAAAGACCGAUUUCACCCGACAUAUGCGAACACACACAGGGGGAAAACCCUUUAAAUGCUUACUCUGCGAUGAAAGAUUCACUAACAAAGCAUCCUGGUUAUUACACAUGAGUGAACACACAAGACCAAAGCCGUUUAGUUGCUCAGUUUGUGAUAAAAUUUUUUCCACUAAGGCUGAAGUCACACGGCACAUGAGAACACAUACAGGCGAAAAACCCUUUAGUUGUUCAGUUUGCGACAAAAGUUUCUCUCGUAAAAAAACUGCGGUAGCCCACAUGAGAACGCACACGGGAGAAAAACCCUUCAGUUGCUCAGUUUGUGAUAAAAAAUUCUCUCAGAAGAUACAUAUGUUAACACACAUGAGAACACACACAUGGGAAAAACCCUGUAAGUGCUCAAUCUGCGAUGAAAGAUUUACUAACAAAGCAUCCUGGUUAUUACACAUGAGUGAACACACAAGACAAAAGCCGUUUAGUUGCGCAAUUUGUGAUAUAAAAUGUUCCUCUAUGACUGAAGUCACACGGCACAUAAGAACACAUACAGGCGAAAAACCCUUUAGUUGUUCAGUUUGCAGCAAAAGUUUCUCUCUUAAAGCAUCUGUGGUAGGCCACAUGAGAACGCACACGGGAGAAAAACCUUUCAGUUGCACAGUUUGCGGUAAGGGAUUUGCUCUAAAACCAAACAUGACUUCGCACACGAGGACACACGCAGGAGAAAAGCACUUGAGAUGUUCACUUCGUACAAAACAUUUACCUUGCAUGAAACUUUGAUGAUACACAUGCGGACACACAAUGGGGAAUAAAUGUUUUCUUGGUCACUUUGUGCUUAAAGGUGUCUAUGAAUGUUCUCAUUCAUCCAGGUCAUUGUCAUCGCUGGGCAUUCAAUCCAUCGCAACUGGACUGUUUGGUUUUUCUUAGAAGACGUUUCGACGCUCAGCCGAGUAGCAUACCUGCCAACUACUCCGGUUUUCCCGUAAUUAGUACGGUUUUCAUCAACCUAUUCCGGGUUACGGUUGCAGUGAUAAAAAUACGGUUUUUCAUUAAUUAAAAUUUUUUUUUUUUUUUAAAGUUUUAUUCACGAAAUCGCGAACCAACAAUGGCAAUCGACACUGCUUCCCGUAACUUCCUAUCGAGCCAUUCCGAAUGCCAUGCGCGAGGCUAUUUAUAGCACCGCUGCCAAGCACGAGGCACCAGUUGCCAUUGUUUCCAAACGAGCGAACGGUCAUGGAAUCCGCCGGAGAAAAAUCGCAAACGAGUCUUAAACCGAAAAGAAAACUGCAGUCAUUCCGUGAAGAAUAUUCAAAAGCCUAUCCGGGAAUAAUUAUCCGUUCCAAAAAGGGUGGAAACUACGCGAAUUGCACCUUGUGCAGACAAGAUUUUUUCGAUCGGACACGGAGGAAUUAGCGAUGUAAAAGACCACGUUGGGACAAAAAAACACAAGUCUAAUGCCGUUGCUAGCGAUACAAGUGGAAAACUUUCAACGUUUUUCGUCGCCCAAACAGAUUCUUUGGAUGUGAUAAAUGCCGAAGUUUUAUUUACGGAGGCAAUAAUUGAGCAAACAAAAAGGUAAUGACACCAAUGUUAUCUAUUGGAAUUGUUUAGUACUGUUAUACUGUUAAAAGUGUUUAUA